AAUAAUAUAAUUUAACAUAUACAAAAAAUAUGAAUUUUUAUUAUAUCUCUAAUGUGAUUAUUCAAUUUAUGUUAAUAAUAUAAAAUUAAACAAAAAUAAUAGAUGAUACACAAAUUGUUAUCAAAUCUUUCUUAUUUAAAUUAAUUAAUUAUCAGAUAUUUUUUAGUCAUAUUAGAUAAUUCCGUAACUUUUAUUUAAGAAAAAAAUAGAUAAUUUUUUUUUGUAGAUUGCUAAUUAAUUUUAUGGUUAAAUUAAGAGGAUUAAUAAUAAAUAUAGUUUAUGUUUAUUGACCAACAUAUCUGUUUAAAAAUUCUAAAAAUUAUUCUAAUGAUGACAAUCGGCAUAUUUUACAUAUUGUAAUGCUUCUCAGUUAUUAUAUAGAUAUCUAACCUUAUAAACAACUUUUCAAAGAUCCUUUUUGUUUUUGUGUUUGUUAUCAGUGUAUAAAAAGCAUACCACUAAUAGACUCAUGAGCAGAUCUAGAUAGAGGUUAUAGAAGAAAACAUAAACAACAUUUGUCUCCUUCCGGGUAGACAUGCAAGCACUUACCUCUUUCUUCGUCUCUCGUUCCCUCGUCCCGACCACUCCAAGGCGACCUCGAGUGCGACCACUAUCAGUACCUCCCAUGACCGUUUGCAUUGACCAAUCACGCAAUGAGAAAGUGGUUGUCAUCAUGGGAUCCACCGGGACAGGAAAGUCACGCCUCUCAGUCGAUCUUGCAACUCGUUUUUCCGCCGAGAUCAUCAACUCUGACAAAAUGCAAUUCUACAAAGGCUUGGAGAUCACGACGAAUCAAAUCACUAUCCCUGAGCGAUGUGGAGUUCCUCACCAUCUACUCGGUGAGCUUCCUGUGGAUGGCCCCGAACUAACUGCCUCGGAGUUCCGAUCUUUGGCGUCAGGGUUCAUCUCUGAGAUGACCUCUCGUGGGAAGCUCCCUAUAAUAGCAGGUGGAUCUAACUCCUUCAUUCAUGCCCUCCUUGUUGAACAUUUUGACCCUGAAACAAAUCCAUUCUCUAAAACCUUGAUACCUACCGAGUUGAGGUACGAUUGCUGCUUCCUCUGGGUGGACGUCUCAGUCUCAGUCCUGUACCACUACCUCUCAAAACGUGUCGACCAAAUGAUGGAAUCAGGGAUGUUCGAGGAGCUCGCCGAUUUCUACAACUCUAGAGACUCCCGGUCCACAACCCGAACCGGGAUUCACAAGUCUAUAGGAGUACCGGAGUUCGACCGGUACUUCGGAGUCUACCCGCCGGAGAAAAACGACAAGGUGUGUGGGUGGGACCCAGCAAGAAAGGUUGCGUACGAGGAAGCAGUUCAGGAGAUCAAAGAAAACACCUGGAGGCUUUCAAAGAAGCAGAUAGAUAGGAUCAUGAAGCUUAGAAGCAGUGGUUGGGAGAUUCACAGGUUGGACGCUACGGCAUCAUUCAGGGCACAGUCAAGAGAGGUUUGGGACAAGAACGUUUUGGAGAAAAGCGUCAAGAUAGUGAAACGCUUCGUGCUCGAAGACUAGGUGUUUCAAUUUUUCUAUCAUUCUCCUCAUAUUAUCAAUAAAUACAAUUUUUACUAUGUAUCACUUCCUCUCUUUCAGUUUUGUUAUAUUUAAGAAAAAUAUAUCUUUUCUCAAAAAUAAGUGAUGCUCUGAGCUCUCACAACUAUAUAAAAUUAAUGCCAUUAAUAUAUCUCUCAACUAUCUUAUACUACAUAUUAAUUAUCAUAACAAUUUAAUUUAAAUAAAUAUAAAAAGAUUUAACCAAUUAAAGAAACACACGUCCCCUUUUAGAUGAGUUUCUCGAGUUUUCUUUCCGGUACAUCUCCUAUCUUUCCCUUUCUUUAAAGUAAA